UUUUACUUUGUAAAUCUCUCUCUCCCUCCUCUCUUUAUGGCCAGGUGUCUCUCUUUACUACAAGUCUACCGUUGUUUCUCUCUUCCCUGUGUCUCUAUCCCCCCGUGAUUCUCUCUCAGUGUUUCUCUCAGAAUCGGAGACAUAUCCCCAUUACAAGUCUCCGCUCCCGUCGUUCACGUCAGGGGCAACCAAAAGAGUGAUGUUUUUACUGUGAACACCAGAAUCCACUUUUGGGGUUCUGUGGAAUCUGCAGUCCACGGAGCCAUGACGUCACGGGCAGGUCAUGAACAUCCCGGCAACUCCAGCAGGAAGAAUAUUCCUGUACUGGUGGUGGUGCUGUUGGUCCUGAUCGAGGCGGCGAUGGUGGAGUGCUUGGUGGUGAAUCGCAUACGUGAACCUCCUAACACCUCCCCACCUACCUCCACGCUCGUGGUUGAAACGUUCCGCUUGGCUUCCUAUUAUGGAAACCACAUGGUCCUGCAGAGGGGACCGCGUGGUGCCUUCGUGUGGGGGUUCGGGAGCGUGGGAGCCAAGGUGGUCGUGAGACUCUACAACAGGAGCAAGGACUUGUUACAGGAGCACAGGAGCAUCGUGUCGGCAGAGUCACACACGUGGUCCGUGACUCUGAACCCCAUGGAUGCUGGGGGGCCGUUCUCUCUCAGUGCCACCCAGCGGAGCCCUGUGUGGAGGGGCACUGGGAGGGAAGCGGUGAGGGUUGUGAUUCGCGACAUCUGGUUCGGAGAAGUGUGGCUUUGUGGGGGGCAGAGCAACAUGCAGAUGACUGUACAGCAGGUGGUGAACGCGAGUUGGGAGCUGGCUCAAGCCGCAAACUUCCCUCUCGUCCGACUGUUUGCUGUCUCCUUGAAUACAUCGCUCCAGCACCUGGACGACUUCUCAUCAGUCGAACUCCCCUGGAGUCUCCCCACAGCGGCCCGCCUGGGCAAAGGAGAAUACACCGUUUUCUCUGCCGUCUGUUGGUUCUUUGGCCGAAACCUACAUCGCACUCUGGGUGUCCCUGUGGGGUUGGUGCAAACCUGCUGGGGGGGCACCCCCAUCGAAUCCUGGUCCUCACCCCGAGCCCUGGCAUGCUGCGGACUGAAUGCACAGCCUCAAAGCAAUGAUCAACUGGAACCGACCGUGCUGUGGAACGCAAUGAUUAACCCUCUGCUCAAAAUGAGCCUCAAAGGGGUAAUCUGGUACCAAGGUGAGAGAAACACUGGAUACAACACUGACCUCUACAACUGCAGCUUCCCAGCCAUGAUUAACGACUGGCGUCAGGAAUUCUACACAGCCACCAAUGGCAACACAGACCCGCUUCUGCCCUUUGGAUUUGCGCAGAUCUCCACCAGUGACCCAGAUGACGACACGGACUCGUAUCCACGCAUUCGCUGGCACCAGUCUGCAGACUACGGUUUCUCCCCGAACUCGCAAAUGCCAAAAACCUUCAUGGCCGUGACCAUCGACUUGUGUGACCGCCACUCUAACUAUGGGUGGAUCCACCCGCGCUACAAGCAGGAGGUUGCCUCCCGUCUGCUGCUAGGUGCACUGGCUGUUGCCUACAAUCACAGUUCCUCCAUAUUCCAGGGCCCCUUCCCAGAGGUGGCCACUGUGAACCUGAAAUCCCAGAUGCUCGUCAUCAAAUAUGGACAGAAGCUGAUCCACCGCAAAUGGGGACGGGGCGACUUUCAGAUCUGCUGUUCUCAAGUGCUCAGUCAGUGUCUGGACCCAGACUGGCAACGAGCUCCAAUCCUCUACGUACAAGACCACAGUGUCUUCCUCGACAUCUCCACCUGCAUUGGCACCAACAGGGCCGUGACGUCUGUCCGCUAUGCUUGGUCUAACUGGCCGUGUGAACUCCACGCUUGUGCCCUCUAUGGAGAGGAGCCUACCGCACUACCAGCACCCCCCUUCAUAAUGGCCGUGCCGUCAGAGGGGGGUUUAUAAUGGCAGUGUCGGGGGAAUUUAAAGCGGUAGUGUCGGGGAGAUUUAUAACAGGGGUGUGGGUAGGGGGUUCCUAACGGUUGUUUUCAUGGGGCCCUUCAGGGCCAUGUUGGCGGGUUCAUAAAGACCAUGUCGGUGGGUUUCUUAAGGCCUUAGCAGCAAAGCUGUCCUCUCUUCUGUGGUGGAGUCUGCUGGACCCCGACUAGGGUCGCCCACCUUCCCCACAGAUCAAGACCGUAAUACAUAUUGCUAGAUCGACACUGCACAGUAUAUCACAAUUAAAUUCCACACAUUACCAGUACCAUAAAUAUCUGUAUAAAACAAUUCCUGUCGCCAACAAUGUUGUAUAUUGGCCUUUUCCAAAAAAUAAUUUUAAAAUGUGAUGUUUAUUUUGAAUUUCAUAGUUCCUUGUAGACAUGUGCAUUCAUUACGUUGUGAGUUGAAAUACCAGAUGGGGCAAACAACUAAUUAGGACUAGUGAGACAUUGGAAAUCAGAACAGGCUUGAUAGCUUGGGAUGAUAAUAAGUAGCACGAACCUGUCAAACUCUUUCCUUGAUCGAACACAGACAUUACCAGAAAGACCAUGAAUGGGCACUAUGCUGCUUUUAAAGUGCCCAUGAUAGGAAACCUGCCACACUCAACAUCUUGAGCUGUUUAAAUUAGUAACAAGUCUUGGCAUUUGUGAUGACCGCAUAUGAAUAUUCAAAAACAUCAUGGUAUUACAUUGUGACCUUGAUGAUAUGAUGUAUCACUACAUGACAAUGCAGCCAAGGGCCAAAAGGCGAAAUAUUACCAUUUUGCAUGAUCUUAUUAAAAUUCACGAUCAUAAAAAAGUGCUAUAAGGUCUGGGUUACGCAUGUGAAAAUUGACAAUAGAAUUAUGUCAGUUCAUGAUGAAGUGUUGAUCAGGAGCAUUCAGGCCAAUAUGUAGAUGUUUAUGCUAAUUUUCCACGACCAAAUAAUUUAUAUGUAUUCAAGGGUGUAUAACCGGAGCCACGCCCGACCGCCUUUGUCUCUCCAGUGGUGAUCUUUACAUGCAGCAUCAUGUAUUCAUUUUAUGGCUGAGUCGACCUUGGGGGAAGGGGGGUGGGAACCAGGACCAGUUCAGAUAACCGCUACUGCCAACCAGGCUCAAUAGGAGAGGAGAAACAAGACAUAAACGAGAUAGGGAGGCUGUUUUCACACCUCAAUGCAUGUGCGACACAACAACAGACAUACACCAUGGGAUAACCAAAACUAAGAGCGAACUUUCAUUAGCCAAUAGACUUUCAUUAGGUCGGUAUUCACACAGAUCUUGAGAUGACCUCCGAAGGGCAGGAGAGCGGAAACAGGAACGAGUUUAUGACUCCAGAAUGUCUGCAGAGCCAAAAUCAGAGAUUAACUCAGGAUGAUCGUAUGGAUGCUCGAGGGUGUGACUAGGAGCAGCUUCAUACUCUUAAAUGGCCUCGGGAAUAAAUUAAAUAAGGCAGAUAUUUCUAUAUAACAAGACAAACAUCACAUUAAUCAGUCUUGCAAGCGCAAAGGCUCCGAGUAUCAAAGAGUUUGAGUCUUGCUAAGGCAGACUAAAGAGUGUUCCUGAAAGCUGUUCAAUGUUUCUUUAUAUUCUUCUUUACAUGUUGAGUCUCUUGCAGUCAAACUCUGUAUAGUUGUUUUGCGAGGAAAAUCAUUGAUAAGCAUCCAUAGUGGAUCCUCAUACAGCCUUCCCUUCUACAAAGAUAUUCUGAGUAGCAUACUAUUGAGGUGCAAAUGAAUAUUCUUUAUAUAAAACAGUACUCAGGUCAGAGGUGCCAGGGAAUUUGUUGGCAACACGUCUAUUGCGGCAUAAAGCAACUUACUCAAGUGGAUAUUUGAGUUACGCACCAAUAUUAAGUGUGCACAGAAAUAUUGUUCAAGCUAUAGACUGGAGAGCUCUGUUUGUAGUCAAGUCAGCCUGACUGACAUUGCAUGAGGUGUGAAGAGGCUUGGAGUGUGUCCAAAUUGUCAGGUGCAGUUUCUACCUGAACCUGUGACUGUCUGCACGCCGUUGACCUCCGAGCGUGGACUGCAAAGGGUGCUCACAAACCAAGACUAGUGGUGACCAACUCACAAUGUGUCAGGGCAAGUGUCGCGACGUGCGACCAACCUGCUGAUGAGCAACCUGCAUGCCGGCCAGCGAGGCCGCAGUGUGUCUAAGCUGCAGAUCAAGCGUGACGUGCAGACAAUCCUAUGAACAAGCAGCAGGCAGCAUGGUCGCAGCACCCUCCAGCAGUAGACCAAGCCUACUAUUCAGCAGUAAUUUCUGGUAGAGAAGUUAGAAGAUGAACACUGACUUAUAUACUCACUCAUCAUAUAACCACACUCCUUACAGAUUGUGAUGCCAACCUCGCACAAGCACACAUGAAUUGACUCACACCCAUUCUGCACAUCUUAAUUAGUUAAUUGCAUGUACAACUGCCACCUUGACACACACACACCCACUCUACAUCACGCAUUCGAUCAUUGAGGCUUUUCAAACCAUUUAGUAUGCAUUUAUGAGCACGUAUGUCUGCAUGAAUACUGUUAUUUUGAGGUGUCAGCCUGGUUUACUUCUUUUAUAGCAUAAUUUUGUGAUUUGAUCAUUGAUACUUUUCUAACCAUUUAGCAUGAAUUGACGAGUACGUAUAUUUGCAUGUGUACUAUAGUGCCACACUCAAUUUUUCGAUGUCAAUCUAAGUUCAUAUCAAUGUUGCUUCGAUUAAAAAGAGUCUGAGUGCUUCCUUCCUAACUCGUGCCUCAUAUUUCUCAAUUUUGAGAACUGUAUCCUGCGGUAAUAUCUGAUUUCUAAGACCUGACAAUUGCCUGUAACUGAUAAAAAGAUAAUCAGUAAAUGUUAUCACGAUUGAUUUAUACCCCUAGACAAUGUAAAAGCCAAUAAUAACUUAUUUUUGGUUCUUUCGGUAAAGUCAUGUAGAAGAGAAAUUAUAAAAUAAUACAAAUAAAACAUUUUUCGGUAAAGUCACGUAGAAGGAAAAUAAUAAAUACUUUUUUUUAUUUGUAUUAUUAAAAAAAACAUUUAUUUGUAUUAUUUUAUUACUUCUCUUCUACGUGACUUUACCGAAAGAACCAAGAAUAUGAAUCCCUGCAGUCACGAAAGUUUUACGUCAAUAAUAACUUGUUAACGUGCCAAUCUAUUGUUUGAUUUAAUUAAAUAAAUUAUCUUGAAUUCAUAGAGUCGAAAUAACUAUCCAUUACAAUUGACAAUAAUCGCUCCUGAUCAUAUGCGUAAAAAUCGUUAACCCGAUAUAAACACAUUAUUAAAUAGGAAGAGAGUUGGUAGUCAAUAUUUAACACAAGUGCAACAUCUUCCUCUUUAAGCAUGGGUCCUGGCUUUGUAAUACAUUGAACGCACCUGGUAUGUAAUCCUUGUAACACUCAGUGCUGUUCGUGGUUCUCUUCCCCUGUAAUUCCUGAAUGUGAGACCCCCCUGGUGGAUGAAUAGAUACAGUUGCUGCUCACGUGAAACGAGGAGGCGUUUGGUGGUUGAUGGAUCUGAGGGGGGGAGUCCGAUGGAAGGAGGACAAUGCACACUCACACGUGGAGACGGGGAUCCACGAUGAAAGACUACUUUGGAGGAAUAGUGAUCAUGUGAUCCACCCGCGCUACAAGCAGGAGGUUGCCUCCCGUCUGCUGCUAGGUGCACUGGCUGUUGCCUACAAUCACAGUUCCUCCAUAUUCCAGGGCCCCUUCCCAGAGGUGGCCACUGUGAACCUGAAAUCCCAGAUGCUCGUCAUCAAAUAUGGACAGAAGCUGAUCCACCGCAAAUGGGGACGGGGUGACUUUCAGAUCUGCUGUUCCCAAGUGCUCAGUCAGUGUCUGGACCCAGACUGGCAACGAGCUCCAAUCCUCUACGUACAAGACCACAGUGUCUUCCUCGACAUCUCCAACUGCAUUGGCACCAACAGGGCCGUGACGUCUGUCCGCUAUGCUUGGUCUAACUGGCCGUGUGAACUCCACGCUUGUGCUCUCUAUGGAGUGGAGCCUACCGCACUACCAGCACCCCCCUUCAUAAUGGCCGUGCCGUCAGAGAGGGGUUUAUAAUGGCAGUGUCGGGGGAAUUUAAAGCGGUAGUGUCGGGGAGAUUUAUAACAGGGGUGUGGGUAGGGGGUUCCUAACGGUUGUUUUCAUGGGGCCCUUCAGGGCCAUGUUGGCAGGUUCAUAAUGACCAUGUCGGUGGGUUUCUUAAGGCCUUAGCAGCAAAGCUGUCCUUCCUUCUCUGGUGGAGUCUGCAGGACCCCGACUAGGGUCGCCACCUUUCCCACAGAUCAAGACCGUAAUACAUAUUGUUAUAUCGACACUGCACAGUAUAUCACAAUUAAAUUCCACACAUUACCAGUACCAUAAAUAUCUAUAUAAAUCAAUUCCUGUCGCCAACACUGUUGUAUAUUGGCCUUUUCCAAAUUUUUUUUAAAAAAUGUGAUGCUUAUUUUGAAUGUCAUAGUUCCUUGUAGACAUGUGCAUUCAUUGCGUUGUGAGUUGAAAAACCAGAUGGGGCAAACAACCAAUUAGGACUAGUGAGACAUUGGAAAUCAGAACAGGCUUUAUAGCUUGGGAUGAUAAUAAGUGGCACGAACCUGUCAAACUCUUUCCUUGAUCGAACACAGACAUUACCAGAAAGACCAUGAAUGGGCACUAUGCUGCUUUUAAAGUGCCCAUGAUAGGAAACCUUCCACACUCAACAUCUUGAGCUGUUUAAAUUAGUAACAAGUCUUGGCAUUUGUGAUGAUCGCAUAUGACUAUUCCAAAACAUCAUGGUAUUACAUUGUGACCUUGAUGAUAUGAUGUACCACUACAUGACAAUGCAGCCAAGGGCCAAAAGGUUAAAUAUUACCAUUUUGCAUGAUCUUAUUAAAAAUCACGAUCAUAAAAAAAAAUGUGCUAUAAGGUCUGGGUUACGCAUGUGAAAAUUGAUAAUAGAAUUAUGUCAGUUCAUGAUGAAGUGUUGAUCAGGAGCAUUCAGGCCAAUAUGUAGAUGUUUAUGCUAAUUUUCCACGACCAAAUAAUUUAUAUGUAUUCAAGGGUGUAUAACCGGAGCCACGCCCGACCGCCUUUGUCUCUCCAGUGGUGAUCUUUACAUGCAGCAUCAUGUAUUCAUUUUAUGGCUGAGUCGACCUUGGGGGAAGGGGGGUGGGAACCAGGACCAGUUCAGAUAACCGCUACUGCCAACCAGGCUCAAUAGGAGAGGAAAAACAAGACAUAAACGAGAGAGGGAGGCUGUUUUCACACCUCAAUGCACGUGCGACACAACAACAGACACACACCAUGGCAUAACCAAAACUAAGAGCGAACUUUCAUUAGCCAAUAGACAUCACAAGAGUAAUUAAAGUAGGUCGGUAUUCACACAGAUCUUGAGAUGACCUCCGAAGGGCAGGAGAGCGGUAACAGGAACGAGUUUAUGACUCCAGAAUGUCUGCAGAGCCAAAAUCAGAGAUGAACUCAGGAUGAUCGUAUGGAUGCUCGAGGGUGUGACUAGGAGCAGCUUCAUACUCUUAAAUGGUCUCGGGAAUAAAUUAAAUAAGGUAGAUAUUUCUAUAUAACAAGACAAACAUCACAUUAAUCAGUCUUGCAACGGCAAAGGCUCCGAGUAUCAAAGAGUUUGAGUCUUGCUAAGGCAGACUAAAGAGUGUUCCUGAAAGCUGUUCAAUGUUUCUUUAUAUUCUUCUUUACAUGUUGAGUCUCUUGCAGUCAAACUCUGUAUAGUUGUUUUGCGAGGAAAAUCAUUGAUAAGCAUCCAUAGUGGAUGCUCAUACAGCUCUCCCUUCUACAAAGAUAUUCUGAGUAGCAUACUAUUGAGGUGCAAAUGAAUAUUCUUUAAAUAAAACAGUAUUCAGGUCAGAGGUGCCAGGGAAUUUGUUGGCAACACGUCUAUUGCGGCAUAAAGCAACUUACUCAAGUGGAUAUUUGAGUUAUGCACCAAUAUUAAGUGUGCACAGAAAUAUUGUCCAAGCUAUAGGCUGGAGAGCUCUGUUUGUAGUUAAGUCAGCCUGACUGACAUUGCAUGAGGUGUGAAGAGGCUUGGAGUGUGUCCAAAUUGUUAGGUGCAGUUUCCUCCUGAACCUGUGGCUGCCUGCACGCCGUUGACCUCCGAGCGUGGACAGCAAAAGGUGCUCACAAACCAAGACUAGUGGUGACCAACUCGCAAUGUGUCAGGGCAAGUGUCGCGACGUGCGACCAACCUGCUGAUGAGCAACAAGCGUGCCGGCCAGCGAGGCUGCAGUGUGUCUAAGCUGCAGAUCAAGCCUGGCGUGCAGACAAUCCUAUGAACAAGCAGCAGGCAGCAUGGUCGCAGCACCCUCCAGCAGUAGACCAAGGCUACUUUUCAUCAGUAAUUUCUGGUAGAGAAGUUAGAAGAUAAACACUGACGUACAUACUCACUCAUCAUAUAACCACACUGCUUACAGAUUGUGAUGCCAACCUCGCACAAGCACACAUGAAUUGACUCACACCCAUUCUACAUAUCUUAAUUAGUUAAUUGCAUGUACAAUUGCCACCUUGACACACACACACACUCCACAUCACGCAUUCGAUCAUUGAGGCUUUUCUAACCAUUUGGUAUGCAUUUAUGAGCACGUAUGUCUGCAUGAAUACUGUUAUUUUGAGGUGUCAGUCUGGUUUAUUUCUUUAAUAGCAUAAUUUUGUGAUUUGAUCAUUGAUACUUUUCUAACCAUUUAGCAUGAAUUGAUGAGUACGUAUAUUUGCAUGUGUACUAUAGUGCCACUCUAUUUUUCGAUGUCAAUCUAAGUUCAUAUCAAUGUUGCUUCUAUUAAAAAGAG